AUGGCUGUCUAGGUCAACUGGUGGACGUGAGUUCGCUCUACUGAGCAAAACAUUAGUGUUUUAUAUAGUCAUUAUGACGAAGACUGAUACCAGACAGUUGUCUUCUGCAAUAAUAUCCCACAUUUUGCAUUUUCCAACAUCCUGAUCGGCAGAAUAUACUCAGUGUCUAAGAUCAGAAAGUUGUCAAUCAUGUCCAUGUUCAGCACCGGUAUCCUGGUCCUUACGUCUCCGUUACACGUCCUCCCUCUCCGCAUCGCGCCUGUCCUCACGUCUGCCGCCCAGGUGGUCGAGCGCACACUGUACGUCCAUCUCCACCCCGGCCUCAACCUGAGCACAGGUGGCCAGGUGCGGCCCGUCUACAUCCCGCCCGUGGUGGAUCUCUGCGCUCUCAUCUCCCGCCUUUACAGCAAUGCCGCUGACAUCUGCGCGCACCUUGACGUCAGGGUGCUGCUCAGUAACGUCCGUGCCCAAUCUGUGGUGUUGAGCGGAAGCAGCGGCCCUUUUCCCACCCCGCAGACGCUGUCCCACUCGCCAGAAGUAGUGCUGACAGACUUCCCCAUCCAGGAUUCAGGCCAGUCCUCGCUGGUCACCCAGUGCUUGCAGAAGUACGCGGGUCACUGCUACGUCUGUAACCCGACUCUCUCAUCUGUGCUUUUGUACCCACGACUAAAAGAGGUCGAGGAAGAUGAUGAUAGAGGAGGAAGUGGUGCACAAUUAAAACCUUUAGAGACGUUUAGUGAUGUGGUGGUUGGCGGCACUUUUGACCGUCUGCAUGGGGCCCACAAGACGCUGCUGAAUAUUUCCUGUCUGAUGGCCAACAGACGCUUUGUCAUUGGUGUGUGUGACCAGGAACUACUAAAAAAAAAGGUCUUGAAGGAGUUGAUAGAGCCGUAUUUAAAGAAUCAUGGCAUUGAGCGUCUGAGAGCUCUGACAGAUAUUGUGUGGCCUGAGAUUGCUCUGCUGGUGAAGAAAAGAAUAAAACAAGCAAAGGAACAGGGUAAGCGUGUCUGUGUGGUGGAUGCGGCCGUGUUGCUCGAGGCGGGGUGGACAUAUUUGGUGCAUGAGGUUUGGGUGGCCACCAUCCCAGAGGAAGAGGCAGUGAAGCGUAUAGUCCAGCGAGACGGUGUGAAGGAGGAAGACGCCUUGAGGAGACUGAAGAGCCAGUGGCCGAAUGCACAGCUAAUAGAACAUGCUAACGUAGUGCUGUGCACACUCUGGGAACCUGACGUUACUCAGAGACAGGUGUUGAAAGCCUGGAAUCUAUUACAGCAGCGGAUUCAGAAGAGACAAGAAGAAAUCAGACCUUCACCCUGAGACAGGCUUCAAUAUUAAUACGUUUUCAAAAUGUAGUGAAAUAUUUUAGUUCAUUUCAGAAGCAUAAAUGAGUGACUGUUUGUUUAAAGGCACAAUAUGUAAGAUUUUUUUAUUAAAAUAUC